GCCUGUCUCUAGGCGCCUCAGUCUCUGAUUGGGACGCGACGAGUGCGAGCAUGGGGUUCGCGCGUACCCCGCGAGACGUACCGUAACGGCAUCGCGCUUCGAACCGCUCGACGACGUGCAGCAGCAGCAGAGACGACGAAACGACUUCGCGAAAUCGCUUUGACGACGACGACAGAAGGAAGAGCGAGGAGAGAGACGAAGACACCUCUUCGUCUCUGCAUGGCUCCGCAAUCGCUCGCCUAUCUUUGAUAUCUUCCUCCUUUUCUCCCUCCCUCUCGCGAACUUCCGCGGACGACGCAUUUCCCGGCGCGAGAGCGCGCCUAAUCGCGUAUGUCGCCGGAAAAUCCACCGGCGUCGACGGACAUUCGAUUUUCCGCUCGAUGAGUGAAGGAUCAGCCGCGCUGAAACGAGUCGAUCGGGACUCGCCGCGCUUGUGGUGAUUGUCGGUGGUGAUAGAUUUAGGAAGGACUUCCUCCCCUGGAUUCGGGACUCGGACAAGCUUAUCGAAUCAUUUAAAAUCAUGUCGGUGCUACUGGAAGGGAGGUCGUAUAGACCGUUCAAGUCUUCGGAGGAGUACCUGAUAGCGAUGAAGGAGGAUCUGGCGGAAUGGCUAAACGCCCUGUAUCCGGAGCUCAGGAUCAAUCUUGACAAUUUUAUGGACAGACUGGACACGGGCGUCGCUCUAUGCAAACAUGCGAACAACGUGCGGAAAUAUGCGACCGACUACGUGGCCCGCCGGCAGGCCCGCAAGAUGCCGAUGACACGCUCGAUAACUUCCCUGGCGCUGCCGAUGAGCCAGGUGGGCGACGUUCCCUACCUGCCGAACGCCAAGGCCGGCACCUUCUUCGCCCGCGACAACGUCUCGAACUUCAUCGACUGGUGCCGCAACAGCCUCGGCAUCAUCGAAUGCCUGCUCUUCGAGACCGAGGAUCUGAUAAUGCGUAAGAACGAGCGACACGUGAUAUUAUGCCUGCUGGAGGUGGCGCGUCGCGGCGCCAAGUUUGGCAUGCUCGCGCCGUUGCUCGUGCAGAUGGAGAGGCAGAUCGACCGCGAGAUCGCCGCCGAGAACAAAGCGGCGAACGGCGCCGGCAACGAGGAAAGUGAUGACGAGUACGAGGAGGAGCCCUGUCUCAUAUACGGACCGCAGCCGCAGAUCGUCACGAACGAUCUCAAGACUCUCCACGAGUUGGUUCGCGAUAUCGUAGAGGAGUGCACGUGCCCGACACAGUUUCCGAUGAUCCAUGUGGCUGAGGGCAAGUAUCGGAUCGGCGACACUAAGGUCACGAUCUACGUCCGAGUUCUGCGUAGUCACGUGAUGGUGCGUGUCGGCGGUGGAUGGGAUACCCUCAGCCACUAUUUGGAGAAACACGAUCCAUGUCGAUGCAGAAAUUCACACCGCUCGAUGGUCUCGGCGAAGCUCAUUCAAAAAGCAGGUGGAUCCUUCGAUUUAGGCAACGCGCAGGUGCAUUACGAACGAUCAUCACCUCCGAGAACCCGACGGAGUUCCGCGUCGAGCGUCGGCUCGGUGCAGAAUCUACAAUCGGCGCAGCUGCACGCACCACCCAGAAGCAUUUCCAGCAAUCGCUCGCGAUCGCCCACACCUCACCGGCCGACAGCCGGCAGCAAGCAGCAACAUCAGCAGCAAUCGUGCGACGAGCAGAAGAAACGCUCGAGAAGUCCCACGCCGCAUAGAAAAUUGCUGGUGAGCCCGAAUCAUCAGACCGACUUGGCGAAGCAGAGAUCAAGGUCGCCGACGCCUAGGGCGAAUCUGAGAUCGAGAAGCCCGACACCGCGGAAGAACACAGAUUCGUCCAGAAGAAAUGCCAACGAGGAGGCGCGGUCGCCAACGUAUCAUGGAAAAUCACAGGAAAGCGGUCGAGAGAGCGGUCUCAAGGUGCCGGGCGAGUUCACGAAACGAUACAUCGUGGAGGGCGGCGUGGCACGUCGAGCCGUUGAGAAGGACGACACACCGAAGUACGAACCGUCCAUCUAUAAUUACAAGUGCAGCGAGGACUCGAGCAGCAGCCGCAGCCCGACGCCAAGCAAGGAGGAGCAGCCGGCCCUCGAGACAUUCGGCAAAGACACUACGGCGAACACCCAGAAGUCACCGCACGGUGACGGAGAGCACUCGGACAAUUGCAGCGAGGUGUCCGACGAGGGUUACCGUAGUCUCGGUGCCGUCCAGUCGUCCACCGCCAACGGGAAUUCCGCCAGCACGCAGGGCUCGCCCACGGUUGCCGAUUGUCAAAAGCAACCUCCGAAAGCGGAACCCGAGGAGAGAUCUGGCGUGGAGACUGACAGCAUCGAGACCGGAUUGCGCAAGGUAGUUCGGAAAGAUAGGCUAAUGAGUCCCUUACGAGUCUCGUCCCCAUCCAGGAGCGCGGCGUCCUCAUCGACAGGCGACAGAACUCCCCGCGCCGGCUCCAUCGCGCGAGAGAACAGUAACUUAUCUAAGGCAUCGUCCGGCAGUAAGACACCUAAGGAUAGCAAUUCCAGUCCGGAAGGUAGCCCGUUGAACCGAGGAGGCUCGAUUCGCAGUAAAUCUAACGGAAGCUAUGGAACGCUGCGAAAGUCAACGGCAACCGGAAGCAAGAUAUUGUCACCGAUAAGCACACCCAAGUUCUCCAAAGCGCCAAUCGGUAGUAGCGCCACAUGGAACGGUCGACAGACCAGGCGGCGAGCCAGCAUCCAAACGGACACCUUUUUGGAUCCGAGAUCCACGCCGACCACGUGCGCUACGACGCCGAGCUUCUCACGGAAGAGUCCGGGUAGACAGAGCCUACAAUCUCGGCCAAGCCCGAACUUUGGUGUCCAAUAUGACAGAAACGGUAGGAGGAUCCGGACCGCUACGGGCACCACUUCUCUUCAAUCGUCGCCAACUAAGGUGACGAAUCCUCUGCUCGACCAGAUCCUGCAGAAACUGGGAGAUUUGAAAGACGAGCGUCAGAUGGUACAGAAGCUGCAGGGCCUCUUGAGGGACUACCAGACCAGCGAUGCUACCGCAGAUAUGGACUUUGCUAAAAUGUGGGUGGAUAGUAACGGGGCGAUGACGGUGCCCCAGGACGUUCACGUAUCGGUCACCCCAAGAAAGGACCCGAAACCUCAGGAAGGAUGUUCGAGGAUACCGGUACCUCGUGCCCUCUCCUAUAAGAGACCCAUGUCUGUGGCGUCGGACAGCGUUUGAGGGUGGUUCUUCCCCUUCGACCACGAGGAUCCAAAUAUACCAGGUAGCCUUCGCGUGUUAGGCUAAGUUAGACUGAUCGAGUAGGUGCUAACGUCAAUGAGAGUAGCCUAGCGCGCGCGCGUAAGUAAUUGCGCUUUUCGUCGUGCUUGAUUCUUGAUUCGAUUUGACAAAUAAGGUAGGACGUCUUGAUCACAGCUAGGAUAGCUGUAUGUUUUAUAAUUGGAUUGUUUAAUGAAAAGGUAUUCGAGAGAUGCAAAAAUCCUAUAAUUUAUAGAUUUGUAGAAGUAAAGAAUUAAAAAAAAAAAGAACGGGAAUAUAUGAUGACUGAGUUUUCUUGCAUGCCGAUUAAUAAAAUAAAAUUUUUAUUUUUUUACAGCGUAUUGCAAAAUAUCUUUGGUCAAUAUUAAAAAUAGAAUAUUAAAAAUAAAUUUUAAAUUAUAUUUGAUUUAAUUAUAUAAUUUAAUUAUAUAAUUUAAAUUGAAUAUAAUUCAUUAUUGUCAUUGCAAGUAGUUCGAUGCUUAGAAUGUUGCUUUCUAUUUUUGCUCUUCGCCAAUACCUUCAACGACUAUCAUCGCAGAUCGAAAACGUCCGACCAGAGAGUAACUUAACGGGCCUUAACGGUACGGGGUCAAUCAGUUAGUAGUUCUUAGUAGUCACGUAUCGGGGUGGUGCUUAGAUGGUGCUGAAGAAUGAAACGGUGUUUACGAUAGUAAGAAUGAAGUGAAAAAGAAAGAGACAGAGACAGAAAGAAGGAUGAUCGACUUGGAAAUUCGUCGCGCGAACGAGUUUUCAGUUGAUCUGUGCGAAAUCAAAAGUGAGCAAUUAGCUAGGUUUACAUUAAUGACUUCCUAAUGGAUUCAUUUCCACACAUUUAACUGCAUCUCGCAUGCUUAUCGAUUACUGGCCUUAAAAUAAUAAUCUCCUUAUUAAACUAUAAUGUAAAAUUUUCUUAAAACAAAAAUUAUUUACCGUAUUGUUAAGAAUUGUUGAGAAUUUGUGCAUCAAAGAUUCUGAUAAUUUUUUUUUUAAAUUUUACAGUCUUUUACAUAACGUAUCGAAGAGAAGCAUUUUAAGAAUUAAUGACUGCCCAUCUCUAAGAUUAAACGAGAAAUUUGAACAAUUGUUAAAAAAAACCGUAGCAAUUGCACGCUCAAUUGUUUUUUAUCGUUCCCGAGAUAUCCAUAACGUCUAAUUUUUAUUUAAAGAAUUAUAUAGUUUAUCGGAUAUAUUUAUCAAAGAUGAUUUAUUACACGUUAACGAGCUCGCUGAAAGAGAAGGAAAUAAUGGAAGAGAACGAGAGAGAGAUAAACGAGAAGGCAUUGAAGAUCGAAUAUGAAAAAAAUCAAACGAACUUCCCCCUCCUCCCCUUCCCCUUCCUCACCCUCCUUAAUGUGGAGCAGACUGCAUUGUGUAGAUAGCGACGUGUGUCGUCGGACGAAUGCCAUUCCAGUGUUUAACUGUUUUUUAUACCAAACGCAAGCGUAGCGCCAAGUUUUUUACCAAGUGUCUUAGUAACAAAUUAAGGCGGAGAGAAAAAGGUUUAUUUUGUCGACGAAUAGCAUGGAAGAGGGAUAUUUUUCACGAUGUGUACUAGUAGACGGUUGUAUACGACAGCCGCGGGUAAGAGCAUUUUCGAUAUUCGGACGAUGAUGUCGUCGGACUUUUCUCCGUUCGUUUCCGCCGGAUCUUUCAGAAAAGUCUUUAAUCGUCUUUAAUCGUCUGCUAGAUGUACGUUACAGUAGUCGAUCACUGUAGGAAAUGCGCGAGAAUUGAGACGAGUAUCCCGAUACAGCGGGGAUUAGCCGCGACGGAUUCGAGCCGUCUUGCCUUAUUCGGAAUUCGAGCGAUUUCCUAUGUGUGUUUCUAUGCGUAUAAACGACGUGUGUCGUACUUUCUACGCGCGUAUAUACGCAAGCCAACGUUACAUGUAAAUAUCUCUGCGAACAUUUUUUCGGCGACAAAUCUUUUAUCCGGCUUAUAACUAUUAAAUUGAUCUCUAGUCUGUAGAUGGCCAUUGUGUGUACCACUUAGUUCGCUUUGAAAGGGCUCGCGGUGAUGUCCGCACGAUAAAUGUACACACAUACGCAUAACGAAUGGUCGGGGAAACACGGCGGGCUUACUGCAAACUGGAGUUCGGUGCUGCGCGAACAAGGCGUUCCAUCUUUUGUAAAUAUAAUGAAUGCGUUGUUAGAAAGCAUAUCUUCGUUUUUUAAGUGUAAAAUACGUUCUACUAAGUUAAGCUGACUUAACCCUUCGAUAAUCAUCGUCGCGAUUAACGCGGGUUAUCUGUUGCGUCUCGUUAAUUUACGAAAAAGACAAAAAAAAGCCGUAUUUUUAUAUUUGGACUUCUCGAUACGUAGGGCACUAGCGUAGUGUGCGGAAAAUUCUUUGGACGCUAUAUUGUGAGAAUCAAAAGUCGCUUAAAUAGUAAUGCAAGUAUGUCGAUGUUACGUGGCGUACACAUAUGUUAUAAAAGUUCUUCGCAUUUUUUUUUUACGGAGAAUUGAGUAUCCGUCACUGAAGGGUUAAGUAUACGAGAUAAUGAAUACCGAACAUCGUUCUCAGCGAAAAUCAGAAGUAGCCGAACACUGGAGAGAUUCGUAUCGUAUGCGCGGGUAAAUAUGAGAUAUUUGCGUUGAUUUUGCCCACAAAGAGAUUACACGUUUCUUAAUCCGUCUUUCUUGAGAGCAUCGAUUUUUUAGAUUUCAAUCGAUAUUAUCGUUAUUUGUAUAUUUUCCAAUCUUGAGAAACGGAACGAAUACACAUGGUACAACAAAUAAAAAAAAAAAAAUAUUCAUAUAUUGGAAACGGUUACAUUUGUCUGUAUAUUGAAGAUGUCAUAUCGCGGGAUGGAGAAAUGCAGCGUCGCAAUGAAAUCUCGAGUACCCGCGCAACGACAUUCAAUAAUGCAAUACGACACGAUCGAUCCGAGACGAUCACUCAAAAUGCGGUCCCUGCAUUUUCGCGAAAAUUGCGCUCGGCUAAGUUUCGCUUUUCUUAAGAGUCAUAGCAUCGUAACAGCGUAUCCGGACGAUUUGGUAAUAAGAGAAAUAUUACUCGUUUCCUCGUUACAGCGCGCAAUACCUUAGGCGCCGGAUGGCUAAUCCUUAGUCCUAAGCUUUUGUAACCCCAGCGAUUUCACGGCCGUGCGUUAACGAUUAAGCAAUAUCGAUGAUUAUCCCAAUAUUAAUAUGAUUAUUGCAGCUAUCGCUAUGAUGACGACGAUUACUAUUAGUAUUAUUAUUAUGAUUAUUAUCAUCAAGAGGAUAAUGAAGAUUAAUUGCUAUUAUUAUUAUAUGCAACGUUGCCUAUGUUACAUUAUUUUAUCUACGAACAGUUAUAAAUUGACCAAAAACUAUAUAAAAAGAUUAAUAAAAGGCCUUAACAGAGAGAAA